GGCGGCGGGGCGGCGGGAGCCGGACCACAACACCGUCCGGGCGGCUGAGGCGCUGAGGCGGCGCGGCGAGCCCAGGGCCCGGCCUCCCCGCGGCCGCCCGGCCGGGCCUCGGCAGCGCCAUGUCGGUGAACAUGGAGGAGCUGCGGCACCAGGUCAUGAUCAACCAGUUCGUGCUGGCGGCGGGCUGCGCGGCCGACCAGGCGAAGCAGCUGCUGCAGGCGGCGCACUGGCAGUUCGAGACCGCGCUGAGCGCCUUCUUCCAAGAAUCCAACAUUCCCAGCAGCCACCACCACCACCAGAUGAUGUGCACGCCCAGCAACACGCCUGCCACGCCGCCCAACUUCCCUGAUGCGCUGGCCAUGUUCUCCAAGCUCCGCGCCUCCGACAGCCUGCAGAGCGGCAACAGCCCCAUGACGGCCGUGGCCUGCUCCCCCCCUGCCAACUUCAGCCCCUUCUGGGCCUCCUCCCCGCCCAGCCACCAGGCGCCCUGGAUCCCGCCUUCCUCCCCUACCACCUUCCACCACCUGCACUGCCCACAGCCCACGUGGCCCCCUGGAGCCCAGCAGGGGGCUCCCCAGCAGAAAGCCGUGGCGGCCAUGGACGGCCAGAGAUGAGACUGGAAGCCGGGCGCCGGGCUGAAGCUGGGGGCAGCCCACGGUUGUGGGGACAUAGGAGGGCCAGGGCGGGGGGCGCUGGGAGGGCGGGGUUUCCUGAAGAUCGCACUGGAAGAUUUUAUAAAAGGAUUUUUGUGGGGGGGGGGACAGUAAACUUCCUGGGCCACUUGGGUCCUCCAGGAGUUUUUCUUCAGGAAAGCUUUUUUCUUUUUAAUCUAGAACUCUAAUAUAUAUGGAUAUAUAAAUGUAACUAAUGUUUGUGAGAGUGGGUGUGCACUCAGGUGGGGGGCUGCAGGGACCUCGGGGCGCCGCCACGGCUGCAGGGGGGCCUCUGGCUGUGCCCAGGAGUCCUCCCCGUCUCCUCCCCACCCUGGCUGCUGGCCAGGGCCCCUCACGGCUCUGUUGUCACCCAUCUCCCGCUGGGCGUGCAGGGUUUCAGGACUGCAGAGCUGGCUUGGGUCAGAAGGCGCACUCCGUGUGACUGCCCCACCCCUCCCUGUCCCUGGGCCACCUGCAUGUCCAGGGAUAGGGGGAUAGGCCCAGCACCGAGCUCGCCUUUGAAUCUCAUCUCAGCAGGGUGCAAUUUUAAUUUAAAAACUUAAAAAAGAGACUUUUGUAACUU